AAAAACACUGAAACAUAAAUCAUGAGUGAGGACACGGAGGUCGACAUGAAGGAAGUGGAGCUCAGUGAGGUGGACCUUGAGAAGCAGCCCAUGACAGGUGGCGGCCCGGCUGCAGGUGGAGAGAACAACGGCGGCGCCAACCUGAUGGUUCCUGAGGACGAGGUCACGUUCACCGGGUUGUCCAAAGAGGAGCUGAUGAAGGUUGCUGGCACUCCGGGAUGGGUGAGAACCCGUUGGGUGCUUCUCGUCCUGUUUUGGCUGGUCUGGGUCGGCAUGCUGGCCGGAGCCAUAGUGAUCAUAGUCAGGGCUCCUCGCUGCAAACCAAUUCCUGAGAUGAACUGGUGGAACGAAGGCCCUCUGUACCAGAUCUCUGACCUUCUAGCUUUCUCCGAUGGUCUGAAAGGUGUUGAAGCAAAGCUGGGUGAAAUAAAACAGCUGAAGGUGAAAGGCCUGGUUCUGGGACCUCUUCACACCGUCCAGACCGACAACCCAAAUGCCCUGUUGCUUGACCAGAUCGACCCGACACAGGGAAAGAAGGAGGACCUGACUGCUGUGCUGGAGAAGGCCCACAAGAAAGGCAUGUCUGUGGUGCUUGACAUGACUCCAAACUACCAUGGAAAUGCUCCCUGGUUCAGUGGUGAUGUUGGUGAUGUGUUGGAGAAAGUCAAGGCUGCAGCGGCUCACUGGCUGGAUUUGGGUGUGGAUGGUGUCAAGCUGUCCGGCCUCAGCGUUGCCUCCAGCUCUGCUGAUUGGCCGAAACUGCAGGCUGCCAUCCAGGGCAACCGUACAGAAGACACGAAGAAGAGGGUGCUGAUGGGUGCAGCUGAACAUCUUUCGGCUGCUAAUGUGUCUCAGCUCGUCAGCAGCUCGGGCGUAGAUCUCCUCCUGUCUGACCUGCUCAGCACCAACAAUGGAGGUGUGGAGCGCAUGAAGGCCAUGGACACCCUAAACUCUCAGCACAGAAAUCUGGCCUGGGGUCUCGGUGCCACCCAACAGGACCAGCUGUCUAAACAGGCGCUGACUCAGGGCCUGAUCCGUCUCUACCAGCUCCUGCUGUUCACCAUGCCUGGAACCCCGGUGUUUACCUACGGAGACGAGAUCGGCCUUCAGGCAGGACAGGGUUCAGAGUCUCCUAAGAUGGUCUGGGACAUACAGAAGGAACCUGCUGAUGGAGCUCCUGUCAAUGAGACUGCUGAGGCUGAGCGGAAGGAGCGUGUUGACAUCAGGAAGUGGUUUAUAUCCCUCAGCGACCUGCGAGGCAAAGAGCGCUCUCUCCUCCACGGUGACUACUAUUCGCUCUACUCCUCCGCCUCCUCCCUGUCUUUCCUCCGUGUGUGGGAUCAGAGCAGCAGAUACAUAACAGCCGUCAACUGGGGAGGAGCAGCUGAGAAGCUCAAGAUCAAACUGGCACCUACAGAAGGACUAGAGCUGCCAGAGACGGCCAAGGUGGAGCUGUCAACUGACGAGGCUCUGAAAGCAGAGGACACCGUCAGCUUGGACGAAAUCACUCUAUCACCUGGAGGAGCAGUCCUGCUGCAGUUCCCCUAUAAAGCUUAAAGAUGGCGCCAGACUGUAGGAAAGCUUCCUGCAGACUAGACUUGGUUUAAGAACAGACACUGAAGUCAGUCCUCAUCAUUAGGAAUGAAAUAUGAUCGAUACAGGUCAUUUCCUUUAAUACAA